AUGCCCAAAAAUUCUAAAGCAGUCAUGAAAAAAAGAAAAUCCCAAACCAAAAACAAUGAAAUUAUUAAUGAGAACUUAUUGGAGGUUGGGUUUUGUGAAGUUUCGGGUCCACCUGAAGGUGAUACUUUGGACAAAUAUAGAGAUGAUUACAACAAAUCA